ACGACGACGACGACGACGACGACGAGGACGAAAAAGAAGAAGAGAACGAAACCGACGAAAUUAAAGAGACGAACGACGGUGCGUGCGACAGCCACGAGACAUGCAGCAACAGCAACAGUCCGGACAGCAGCAACAGCAAUCCGGAGCACCGAACGGGGUGGCGGGUGGUGCCCAAUUGCCUCAAACAGGUGGCGUCAGUCCUGCUCAGCCCGGUGCGACUGGCACGACUACUGCUAGGCCACAGGUGAACGGUGGUAGAUUCGACUUCGACGAUGGUGGUACUUAUUGCGGGGGAUGGGACGAUGGCAAAGCUCACGGGCACGGUGUUUGUACCGGACCCAAGGGACAGGGUGCUUAUUCCGGUAGCUGGCACUAUGGAUUUGAAGUCUCUGGUGUUUACACUUGGCCAAGGUAUGAUAUUUUUCUUAUCCUCCUUUAACUUUUGUCAAAACAU